UCUUUGACUUGGAGAAUACCGCGCAUCGGCAUGAGAUAGAAACCGGUACCGGUUAAUCGGCAAGGUUUAGUUAUAUAUCGAAAGCUGUAUUAGCAAAGUCGAAAUACGAAACGAGAACGUUUUAGCGAUACGUGCGAGAUUUAACAGUAUAAAAUGUAUUUUAAAUAGAACAUAGUGUAGUGCCCGACUAAAGUAGUCAAAAUUUUUUUCAUCUAAAAUAUUUGUUUCAUUUUCCAGACUGUUACAAGUAAUUUGAAAAAACAUGCAACUGAAGCAAUCAAACUUGAAGUUCAAGUUAAUUCUUUGACUGCAGACUACGAAACUCAGGCACUGUCUGCCCAAUUGGCUGGUAUACGUACAAGGAUUGCUACGUUAUUAUCUCAAGCGGAACACGGCAGACUUGUAAUUACGGACGCCCGAGAAACACAACAAAAGAAGAAAGAAGAAAUCGUUCUGUAUCAAGAAUUAUUAACAGAAAUACAAAGUUGGCUUGAAACUACAAGAAUCAGAAUCGAAACUUAUUUAAUAAAGCCAGAGAGUGAAUCUCAAGCUGAGGAACAUAUAGAUAACCUCGAAGUUUUAAGAAAGGAACUUUUGAGCAAAGAAAACAAACUUGAGGAACUUAAAAAAGCUUGUGAAAAGUUCAAAAAUUACUCUGAUCUAGAAACUUUAGUGAAUACUUUAUUGGAAAGGCUUGAAAUAAUUACUACUAUAAUCGAAGAAACUAAAGUAAUUGUUAUUUGUAGAAUAGAAACAAUUAAAACAUUGCUUAAAGAUAUUAAGGAACGAAGAGACAAACCACAAACCCCUGAUCUGUCGCUUGAAAAUACGUUGGACUCAACGUCAAUGCCAAUUGAAGAAAUUCCUGUUCAUGCUGAUGUAAAAACUGUAACUAAAGAUUUUCUAUAUAAAGAAAUAGUACAAAGACCCGUAGCUACUAUCGAAACUCAAACAGGAAGAAGCCUGUCAUCUCCUAUAGAAGAACCAUUAACAAAAGAUUUCACCGUAACUUAUAAUCAACCUGUCGACGUUCAAAUCCAGACAAUGUCGCAGUCGACAAGUGAAAUGGAACCGGUACAGACCAAAGAAACAAUAACGAUAUCAAAGGAAACAUCAGGAGGUCAAGAAACGAUUCGAAUUGCUACUAAACCUAUCACAGAACAUCAACCUAUAGUAGAAGAACCAGACAAUCUUCUGGUGGAAGCAGAUUAUAGAAAGAGACCGGAAUCCGAAACAAGAACGACAGAACUGAACAUAACCAAUGUUGCACCUAAUCAAGCAUUUGAAACUGUAUUUGUAGAACCAGAUGAAACAACUACAGAAGUAAUAGUAGACGCUGAUGGUACGAAGAGAAUAAUAAUGAAAAAAUUGCAUAGAACUGUUGUCAGACACCAACAAUCCUCUCAAAAUCAACAAUUCUCCACUUUAAAUACGCUAACGGAAGGCGGUAUUCCCGUUUCCCAAUCAUUCUCUCAAAUAACUCUCACUGGUCAACAAAGCUCCACAUCUAUAGCUAAAGGUGACAAUAGUAGAGCUACUGUCACUAGCCAGAAAUAUGGAGGAAAAGUUGUAUCGGGAGCACUUGGAGGAGAAGUUGAUAUUCAAGAAUAUGAAACGGAACCGGAGACGCAUUACAGUUUUACUGGACCUACUACAAAACCCGAAGAAGUAGAACUACAAGGAAUGAAACUACACGAAGGAGAUGUCACUUUCAUCAGUAAUGACAAUAACCUAUUAAUACCAACCGAGACCCCACAAGUUGUUUUCGAUGGUAAUGAAAUACAUACUUCCAGCUCUAGUGUAAGAGCUGUUGUACAACAAGUUACUAGAAGAAUAAUCAGAAAGACACGAAGAAUUAUACGGCGAACAGUGAUUAUAGACGGAAAAGAACAUGUACAAGAAGAAGUCAUUGAGGAACCUGAAGAAAUAGAGGUAACAGAAGAAGGAAUACCAAGAGUAAGCAUCAAUGUAGUUAGAACCGAAAAUGGCCAAGUUGUAACAAAUCAACAGUUUGGAGAGCAACCCAUAGUCGAAGAACCAGAUGUUACUGUAACAGAAAAAGUUACCACAGUAAAGAUAGAUGCACAUGGAAAUCCACUAACAACUUUGCCAGAAGAUGUAACUGUCAUUUCCAAACCAGUGACGGAAGAAGGUGUUACAAUAACUGAAGUAGUACAACAUACAUCAGAAGAAUCGAUUGCCAAAAAACCUGAAGAAUCAUAUACGUUUAUACCCCAAACUGAUGUACCAGAAAAGGCUUCUUCAAUUAUGUUGGAAACUUCAGAAGAACCUGAAGAGAGGUAUGUGAUAGACCAAAGCACUGCACUUCAGCCUGAAACUGCACCACAAACCACUGAAUUUGUUAUAUCCUCUCCAGAAAAAUUCUAUGCUUCAACGAACGAUUUCUUAGAUAAUGAAAGGCAUGUUCAUAGUGAUUUGGAACGUAGAACAAUUGAUAUAGCACUUAGUUUCGAUGCAAUACACCAGCCAGACAACAAAGAGACUCUUAUUGAAGAGUCAGUGAAACCUCUAUCAAUUAAAGAUGAUAUUUCCAUUUCUAUAGACGAACCUCAACUAACCAAACAAAUUGAAAGUCCAAUAACAGAAAAGUCGGAAAUAACUGCAUAUCCUGUUGGUCACCACACAAGUGCAGUUAUACAAGAACUGGAAAAUAUCACGAGAACUAUUGAAACAGCGUGCCCAGACCAAAGAAAGAUCACUAUAACCACUGAUAGGAGCACUGAUUUACAGUCAACCGAACCAGUAUCUGAGGUAAAAACUGAACUUGAAAACUCUAUUGAAAAUCAGAUAGACAUCACAGUUAAAACGGCUGAAAUUGAAACUGAAGAUUCCAAAUCUUUAGAAAGUCAUAAAGAUAUUGUUACUUCAAUAACUGAACAGUUACCAAUAGUACCUGAUAUAAAAAUAGAUGAACAUAGUGCUAUUGCCAUCACUGAAAUUAUUUCUCCUAAAUCUGCAACUAAAGAUACUGGGGUUACCAAAGUAACUAUUGAAGAGUUAUCUGUUCCAUCUGAAAAAGAAAUCAUUGAAGUUAAUUUACGUACCCCAAGUGCGCCUCCAUAUGAAGAAUGUUUGGACUCAAGAUUACUCGAAAGUCAUAUCUCAAAUCAAUUUAUCUUAGCGGAACAGCAGCAUCAUUUACCAGACACCAUAGUAAAAGAAGAAGUCAAGAAAUCUCCACAAUCGAAAAAGAAGAGAGAAUUUGCAAAAACGAAAAAAGCUAUUGGUACUCCUAGAACUCAAAGUCCUGUAGUACCCGAAGAUGAAAUCACUGUAAUCGAUGUAGAUAAAUCCGAAGGGGAAUCUUCUGAACCUUUACCUGAAGUAGCUGUGAUAAGUAAAUCUGUCGAUAUCACCGAGAAAAUUGAAGGAAUAGUCGAAGAAGAGAUGCCUAAAUUUGACAAAAUUAAAAUACAAGAAACUGAAACCAUGACUUCUACAAUUAAAGAGAGCCCUGGUAAUGUUGAAAUCAAUUUAUCACUCAAAGAAAUAAAACCUGAAAUUACCAUAGUAGAAAUGCCACAGGAAGUUUCGUCAAAAGUCGCCAAAGCAAUAGAUUGUAACGCAAAGUUUAUCGAAGUAGAAAAACAAUUUAGCCUAGAAAAUUCUAUACGCAAAGAAGAAGAACCAAUCAUCACCACUGAAUUAGAAUCACACGAAAUUGUAUCAAGUAAGGAAGCUCCAGAAUUGUUAACUGCACCUGAAAAAGAAUUGACAGUCGAAACAACAGUUAUCGAAUCGGCAGGAUCAGGUGAUCUAGUAGAACCUAUUGCAAUUGUAGCAUCCAGUAAUCAGAAAUUACCCUCCAAAGAAGUAGACAUUAUUCUUUCUUUAGAAGAAAAAUAUGAGGAUACGUCUAUUACUACUCCUAAAGUAAGCCUAUCAAUGAGAAUUGAAGAAACUACUGACGCUACUGAGCCUUCCGACAUUCUUCAGAAAGAUGUCCAUGUUCAGUUACCAAAAAUGACAAUCGAAAAAACGGAAAUCACUGAAGUAACUUCAACCGAACCGAAACUAGAACUGGAGCAAACUGAACCAUCACUUCCAAGCGAUAUUGAUCACGGAGGUAGAAAAAGUAAGAAGAAAAAGAAACAUAAAAAGAAUGGAACGCCGACUUCAGAAGAAGAAAAAUGUGAUACCAUAAUUGUUGCCAAAGAGGCGGUAGCAGUUGAAGAAGAAAUAGAACAAUUGAGUCAAGAUGUGGAUGAUGAAAAGCAACAGUCCGUUAUAACUUCUUUGGCAGAAUCUGUGGCAUUAUCGAUUCCAGAUGAUUCUAUCAAAUCAGAAGAGAGUCCAAAACCAACACAAGACAUAUUUGGCUCGGUUAGUGAAUCAGAAGAUAGUUGUAAAGGUAAAGAAACUGGUUAUGAAGCAGAUAAAACUCUCGAAGAAAGUCUAGCUGACGAAGACGAACAAGAAAAGAAAAAGCGUCGAAAGAAAAAGAAGAAGCAGAAAAUUAAAACCAAAGAAUCCGAAGAAUCUAAUGUUCCCAUAUCAAUACAUGAAUCUUAUACUGAUAAUUCAAUACAAUUCAGUGAUGACGAACCAGUUAAAAAAGUUGAUAAUAAAAAUGAAUCGGAACAGCCAAAGAAGACAAAAAAACGGAAGAAAAAUAAAAGGAAACAUGAAGAAGAAAGUGAACCAGAGUUAGUAUCCGAAGAACCAAUAAAAUUCGAAGCACGAGAUGAGAUAAUAUCACAAGACGACUCUUAUCAUACAAUAUCUACUCUUACAGAUCCUGGCACUGUUAAAGUUGUUGAAGAAAGUGUAAUAAGUAGACCUGCUAGUAAAUCACCAAUUGAAAUAAGUUCUAAAAUAGUAACAACUGUUCCAGUUGUUGAAGCUAUCAUUACUCAAGAAACUAUAUCUCAAACAUCUCCAAUUGAUGUAAAUGCUGAAUUUCUUAAUGUUGAACGGGAAAUGGCCGAUGUCACUAUUACGAAAUCCGCAACGGAGCAAAUUUCAGUACAGACUUCUCCUGAAAUCCGGAAGGAAAUUAGUGAUAGCUAUGCUCAAACUAGUAUUGAAGAAAACAAAAUUGAAAUCAAACCUGAUAUUAAAGAAGAUUCUACACAAGUUUAUAUAACAACAAUCGAAACAAUUACCCAAACCUCACCAAAAACUCAGUCGCCCGAAGAAAAAUUUGCGACAGAAAUAACUGAAAUAUCAACACAAACUAUUACACCUGAAAAAAUAGAAAUAACUGAAGAAUUUGUUCAAACCGAUACUCCUGUACCAAUAGAACAAACUUUUUUAACUGAAUUAAUUGACAAGAGUGAUUCAGCUAUGCAAACAAAUGUAGAAAAUCGCGAAGAAUCCGCCCAAACUAAAUCACCCGAACCAAUUUUAUCGACAGAGACUGCUACUCAAAUACAACCAGAAAUAAGUGACUUUGGUCUACAGACAUGUCCAGAAUUACCACAUGAAUGUGUCGAGCAUAUUGAACUUACUGAAUCUUGUAUACAAACUUCAUUAGAACCAUCUGCUCCACAAAUAGUUCAGCCUAAACUAACUGAAUUCGGUAUUCAAACGUCUCCUGAGUCGUCUGCAAAAUCUACUUCGUAUAAACCAAUAACUACAAUACAAACUACAGAAACUAUGUCUCAAACAAGUUCAAUAUUGAAUCAAGAAAGUGAUGAAAUAAUUACAUCAAGCCUUACACCCACGACAAGUACUUCCGAACAAUACGAAAUUCAUGUUAAGGCUUCAGUUAUUGUUCCAUCAGAAAAUUCAGAAUCAGCUGAUGAAAUUAUCGAACAUAAGGUUUUAACUAUUGAACCAGCAGUUAGCGAAGAGAAAAUACAACAAGACAUAAAAAGCUCGAGUUCUAUUUCAUCUGAUAUGGUACAAGUUAAACAAUCAUCGGGAUCUGAAGGGGAAAUUGACGUUCAAAUCAAUAUUGACGGAAAACCAAUAGAUCAACAUUCUAUAAUAACAACAUUCUUAGAUUCCGAAAGAAAUAAAGAUUCCUCUGAGAAGAGACAUAGAAAGACUCAUAAAAACUCCAAAACGAAACGUCAGGAAAAAAAGACUGGUAUUGAGAAAGAUUUAUUCUCUGAAUUUAAACGACAAAAUACUGUAGAAGGAAGUUUAGCACCUAUAUCUUAUGCAGAUGUUACUAGAAGAUCAAGAACUCCUUCGCCUGUACGAGGAGAAACUAUAGUUACAAAAACUGUUGAUAAACAAGAAGAAUCAGUUGAUGAAACUCAACUUGCUUACUCUCAAUCUAUAGCAACGGGUGUUGUCACUGAAAUAUCAACGAAUUUGGAUAAGGAUAAGAAAAAUAUUAUGCCGACUACACCUAAAAAAUCAACAACGUCCGACUUAACAUUACAGGCAUCAUCUCAUAAAGUUAUUGAGAAGAACGUUGUAGCUAAUGAACCCAUAAAUGUGGAAGAGAAGAUCCAAGAACAAGGUAUCGAUAGUCCAAGUAUUAUUUCUCCCAAUAUUGUAAAACAUUCAUCGGGAUCUGAUGACGAAUAUAAAGCUCAAGUUGAUGUAUAUGAAAUAGACAAACAUUCUGCAAUAACUUCAUUUUUAGAUUCCGAGAGAGAUGCAGAUUCUUCUGGAAAGAGAUACCGAAAGAAACGUAAACAAUUCAAAACUCAAGAAAAAAUUACUGGCAUUGAGAAAGAUUUGUUUUCCGAAUUCAAACGACAAAAUACUGUAGAAGAAACUCUAGCACCUAUAUCAUAUGCAGAUGUUACUAGAAGAUCUAGAACUCCUUCCCCCGUAAGGUAUACAGAAAUUAGAGGUACACAGGAAACAAUAGAUGAAACUGAGACUAAGCCUAAAUCAGUAGCAACAGAGGUUGUUUCUAGAGUGUUUACAGAUUUAGAUCAGACUCAUGUCAAAAGUAAAUAUACUAGACCUAAAGAAUCAACAUCGUCCGACUUAACACAACAGACAAGUAUUGAUAUGAAUUUAAGUGUUCCUCAGGAAUUGGAAUCACCAUCUACAGUUGAAAUUAUAACAAAGGACACAUAUACUGUCAAAUCUCAUAUCGACGUUCCCCAGCAUGUUGCAUCCUUUACUGUCGAUUCUAUUCAAACUGAACUUAAAGAAAAAGAACUUCCUUUAGAACAUGAAGAACCUUUAGAUACUACAAUAUUGGUUAAAUCGAACGUUGUAGCAUCUUCACCAUGUGUAUCAGCAACAAUCGAAUUUAUAGAAUUUGAAAAAGGUAAUACUUUUAAAGAUGACGGUACAAUUUUGAUUAAUGAUAAACCCGUACCCCUAUCACAUGAACAAGAAGUAAAAACAAUUGAAAAAAUUGGAGAUACCGAUCAAGAAAAUAUCUCAACUGAUCAAGAAGUUAAAAAUCAAAUCGCUGAAGAGAUGCCUUCUUCUGACGAUAAUAAUAUUGCAACCGUUGAUGAAAUCUAUCAAGAAAAACUGAAAAAUAAACCAAUUGCUACUAAAACUAAAGAUAAAAUGAAAAAACCGGUCACCAUAGAAGAAGUGCAAUCGUCGAUUAUUAUUGCAGACACUCCUUUAACACCAGCAUCUGAUUCAGGCCCAUUAUCCCCUCCAAAUUAUCAAAUUUCAACUUGGCAAAAACCUCAAGACGUAUCAGCAUCGCUGAUACAAGCUGAAAUCCAAUUGACCUCAGUUCCUUUAAACGAAUUAACAAUUAAAUGGAAUCAAACACAAGCAUUGGAAAGAGUAAAGAAUUUGCAGAAUGCUAAAAAGUCUACACACCUCAGUAACGUACUUCACUUAGCUACUUUGAACGAAAUUAUCACCGACGAAACGAUUCAACAACGAAAUGAUAACAUUCAGAAGAAUCUAAAUUUGUUACAAGAAGCUGUUGAAAGAAAAGACGUGGUAAUUAUUCAACAAACUGUAAUCACUACUGUAGAAACCAUAACAACCUGGUUGGAAACAAUCGAAUACAGAAUUUACGUUCAUAGACAACAGACAUUAGAAGGUCCAUCCGAAGCUAGAGUACAAGAAUUUAGUGAACUCAAACAAGAAAUAACCAAAAUAGAAAAUAAAGUAGAUCAACUUCAAUCAGUAAUACGACAAACCGAUGAUAUUUACAAUGAAGAUGAACGCCAAAGAAUAAAGAGUUACAUUGAAUCUCUUCAACAACAAGUUAAAGUUAUCGAGGAAGUUACUGAAGAGAAUGAACAAAUCGCUGCUGAAGAUUUGAAAAGAUGGAACGAUUUCGUGGAAGAAGUAACUAAUAUAAACCAACAAAUUAGAAAAUUACAAAGACAAUUGAGUGAAUUGAAAUAUUCUGAUGCGGCUCCACAGACAAAAUUAAAUGAAUUAGACAAAUUUGAAAACAGUAAUAGGUCGUAUCUGAGUAAAAUAGUUCCUCUUAUGACAGAAGCUAAAGGAUUGAUGCGAGAUUUCCCUACUAAAGAAAUACCUAAGGAAGUACUUCUUAAUAAUGAAUUAGCCAAACAAAUUGAACAACAAAUAGGUAUCGAAAGAGAAAAAACUUACCAAUUUUUAUCUUUAGCUGACGAAUACGAACAAACUCUCAAAGAAUUCAGUCAAAUUAUUAUCAUUGCUGAAGCUUUAGUUGAGAGCUCGAUAUCAGUUCGCAAUUUAGAACAUCUAGAAGACGAAAUGCAAAAUCAUCGCAAAUUUUUCGUUAAUUUGAGUCAUUGUAGAGCAAUUCUAGAAUCUCUGGAAGAGAAUUUAGAUUCCGAAACACGAGCAAUACAUUCAAAACUGCACCAAAACCUUUACGAAAGAGCUAGUGUAAUUUUAGAUAAAUCGACUGGUCGGUUUCAACAAAUGUCUUUAGCUGCGUCUAGAUGGACGGUCUUAGAACAAAGUACCAGAGACGAAUUGAGGUGGUUACAAGUAGCACAACAAAGAGUUCCUGAACUUAAUAACGUUACAUCUACAGAUUACGAACGAUACAUAGAUCUCCAUAACUCAUUGGCUGCUGAUAUAGAUUAUCAUCAUGCCAAACUCACCCACCUCAAUUGUGUAGCUCAAAAACUGCAAGAACUUGUUCAUUGUACAGAAUUAGAACAAGCUUACGUAGAAUCUCUAGAUAUAAUUCAAAAACUACAAGAAGAUGUUAAGAACAAUCUUGAACGGCUUUUGGCUUUUAAAGAUAGUUGGAAAACUUACAACAUGCUUAGCGAUAAAGUGGAAUAUUGGCUAAAAGAAGCUGAAAUAGAACUGAAACAAAUAGAAGUACCUUCAGGUCCAAGAGGUCACUUAAGACGUUUCUGGGAACUUAAGGCACAACAUGAAGUUCACAAUUUAGCCAGAUUGAACGCAGGAAAUGCAUUAGACAAAUCUCUGCAAAUUGUACCCAUUAGCGAUGAAAUGUAUCAACGAGCUAAUAACUCAGAAUUAAACGCGCUAUGGCAGAAGGUGUCUAAAAAGAUCGCAGAGUUAGAAGCUUCCAUAUUAGAUACUAUAUCUGCUCCAGAUAUUCCUGUUAACGAAAAACUCGUAUUUUUAGAACAAGAACUCCAAGAUCUUAAUGUUGACGUAGACAAUCUUAAAGGUAUAAUAAAAACUGAAGAAGAAUUAAGUCUAUACGUAGAAAGACUUCAAAUUAUGGCUGUGAGAAUCGAAACCAUACAAAACGAAUUGAGUAGAUUAGGCUUACUCUCCGCUAGCGAGUCAGAGAAAGUUGGCUAUCUCCUCUCCUUAUCCAAAAAACUAGAAGUAAUCAUAGCAGAAGAAUUAGAAGGUGGAACAUUAAUCAAAGAACGACUACAAGCUAUACAAAAGAGUAUUGAAAGAGCUAGGAAAAAACAUGCGGAUGUUAGUAAGGGGUUAGAUCUCUGCGAAAGUGCAGAAAAACUUGGAAGUGAGUCCGUUGAAAAAGCAGUUUCCGACUGCUACGAGAUUGGCGAAGAACUCGUCACUCUUUGGCAAGAUUUAAUGGCUAUCCGUCAACUUCUCCAUACUUUACCAACCAGAUUAAAAGUCACCGUAUCACCACUCACCGUCGAAAGAGACAUCUCUAAACUACAAGAUGACCACACAGCUCUAGAAAAACGAUGCGGACAAAUCUUAGCGUUACUCCGAAGUCGGUUGGCAUUAUGGAAGCGCUUCGAAAGACAGUUGGAGUUAGUACAACAAAGUGUACAAGAAGCCGACUUUAUGGUUGAACUUCUGACUGUACAAGGAACUGUGGAUUAUGAAAGGCUGAGAAAAGCAACCGAAAGAUUAGAGAAUGUAUCAGGAGAUCUAAUUUCCCGGGAAAACCUAGUAUCAGAACUCAAAAAUUCCGCUAAACCAUUAUCAGAUAGCUGCUCACCGGAGGUCUCGGCGAAAAUCGAGGCGGCAGUUAAAGAAGCCGUGACAGCUUAUGAAACGACGUGUACAAACUUGAAAGAACUUUGUACCAAGUACCAUCAUGCUGCAGAUCUAUGGAAACAGUAUAAGGAAGCUUCAGAUUUAGUGAAAGAAUGGAUUGAGAAUCCAAUGGAGUCUAUUGAAAAUUUUGAGCCCGAAGAGGCUAUUGAAAAAGUUAAGGUUUGCGAAGAAACUUUAGCUGCCCAUACAAAGCGGUUAGUAAAACUUCAGGAACUAGUAUCUGGUAUAGCAUCAGCUGUGGGAUUAGAUGCUAAUGCUCUAUUAGGUGGAGAAGUUGAAGCUCUGGGAAAGCGUCUCGAAGAUGUUAGAGAAUCGCUUACAACUCUCGCUGAUGUUGCUGAAUCGAAAGCAAAAAUUAAAAAAGACAACCAAAAAGAAAUUAAUGGAACCAAAAAUUACUUAGAUUCAGUACAAAAAAAUAUUUUUUCUCUUGAGAAUAGUGCGGAAGAUUCUGAUGGCGAAGAAAAAUUGUUAGUUUUAAGAGAUCAUCUAUUAGCGUUAAGCAAAGCUGAAGGUCAAAUACAAAAAUUGAAAGAUAAAACGAUAGAAGUGUCUACUACAAAAACCGAAACGUCAGUAAUAGAAAUUCUUGAGCUGUGGCAACAAGUCUUUAGAGAAACUUUCCAACAAUAUCAUCGUUUAAGUACUAGAUUGGUUAAGAACGAAGACAGUGCCGCCGUUCUAAAACUAUGGCAAGAAUAUUUAUUAAACGUACAACAAUUCCUUCAGGGCACAAUUCCUGGAGAUUACCAUAGUUUAUCGGAUCAUCAACAUCUUUGUCAGUUACAUCAAAAUCUUUUAACAACUCAACAGAAUGUUUUAAAGCCUGUUGAUAAAAACGAUCCUUUAGCUAGUGGUUUAGUAGAAUCUAGUGUAAUGAAACAAUUCAAUUCGCUCACGAAUCUACAUAAUGAAACCCUUUCUAGGAUCAUGGAUAGACAUACAGAAGUUCAAAAUCGUUUAGAUGCAUGGGAAAAAUAUAAAACAGACCAGAGUUGUUUAUUGAACUGGCUGAAGAAUAUAGAGAAGGAAAGGGAACGUAUGCAGUUGAGAUAUAUGCAUAUUAGACGUAUCCCCAAACUAUUAACGAAAAUACAAAACCUUCUAGACAAGAUGUCGCAAGGUGAAGAACAAGCAGAUAAUUUGCAAAGACAACAAAAUCAGUUAUUACAAUUUUGUGAUGACGCUCUUGCUACGUCAAUAAGAAUGGAACAUGUCGCUAUUAAACAACGUCUUUCAAAUCUACAAGCGGGUCUAGAAACGUGGAAACAGUUCUUAGAUAGAAUAAAAAUAAUGGUCCAAAAUUACGAAGAUGGUAUACGAAACGUUCAAAAAGAAUUUGAUGAUAUUCAAGAGAUAAUUAACGAAACUGUCAUACAGCAACAUCUUUCUCAUUCUGCAGUAAGUAACAGAUUAGAUCUAUUGCGGAAUACAAGGGAACGUGUCACAGUUUCCGAAAACCAGUUACAGAAAUUGAUACAAAUGCAAGAACAAUUAAAAGAGUGUCUAAGUCCAUCAGAUAUGAAGACAAUUAACCAAAAGAUGUGGUUAUUACGUCACCAACAUGACGAUUUGAAUCAUCAAUUGAUAAAUCUAUGCCUUCAUCUCGAAGAAAAAUUAGGCAUAAGAUCCCUGUUUGAAACCAGAUAUUCUAAAUUCCUCAUAUGGGUUAACGAAUUGGAAAAACGACUGAACCAAGACUACGACAUAAAUCAAACGCUUAUAGAACCGAAGGAAUUACUCAAAAAAUUAGAAACUGAACUAAAAGCUGAAAUGGCUCUUAAAGAAAGAGAAUACAAUUGGUUAAUUAAAACUGGAAAAGAUAUAUACGACUCAUGCGGAGAGGAAUAUGCAGAUGUUACAGCUAAACAAAUAAUUCAAGCCAGAACUAAAGAAAUCGCGGAACAAUGGGAAAGAUUAGAACAACUCGGAAAGAGCAGAUUUAACAAAAUCAAUGAUUUAAUGCAAACUAUAUUCCAAUUAGAAGAACGAAUAGUCUCAAUCAGAGCUUGGUUGAGUCAAGUAGAAGUACAACUAGCAAAACCAUUAGUAUUUGAAGGCUCCACGCAAGACAUUAUAGACAGAAAAAUACAAGAUCACGACAGAUUAAAAAAAUCCAUUGAAAACGAAAGUGGUGAUAUUGGAGAAGUACUUAACCUUUGCGAGCUAAUUCUAAACGAUCCAGAUAUUAACAAAGCCAAUUUCUCAACAGAGAAUAUCAGUAAUGCUGUGAUUAACAUCGAAAAACGAUGGAAAAUCGUUUGUGGUCAGUCAGCUGAACGAAAACGUAAAAUAACUCUAAUAUGGAAAUUAUUACAAGAUGUUACCAAACUCAGUGAAAGAGAUGAGCGUUGGGUCGCAGACAAAGAAAAAUCUUUAAAUAAUUUAGAUAAACCUACAAGUCCUUUAGACAAAAAUGAACUUCAACAACUUAUAUAUAACGUAGAAACCGAAAUAAAAGACAUCGAAUCUCAUGAACCCGCGUUCCAAAUUCUCAGUCAAACUUAUUCGAAAUUAAACACAGCUCCUGGCAUAGAACCGAAAAACAUUCAAGAACUUACCGCUAGAACUAGGUUGAUUAUAGUUAGAUGGGAGAAUCUACUUCCUAAAGCUCGAGCUAUUUUAUCACAAAUUCAAACAGAAUUAGCUCCUUUCAAAGAAUUUUCUAUAGCUCACGAAGAUGCUAUUGUUGGUCUGACUAGGUUAGAUGCUCAAGUUACGGAAUUACAACACCUGUUACCUCCUGAGAAAGUAUCUCCUCAAGAAAGACUGAAAAAACUUGAAGAAAUUGAAAAGCAAUUAACAAUACAAACUCCUAAUUUAGAAAAUGCUGAUAAAUUAGGUUUACAAAUAAUGAAAAGGAGUAAAGGCAAAGAAAUCGAAAUAAUUCAAGAAAUGAUAGAUGAAUAUCAGAUACUUUGUAGAAAUCUUCACGAGAGAAUAACUUAUAUUAAAACAGAAAUAGAAACAGUCAUUUUGGCAAGUGGACCACAAGAAGUAGAUGAGAGUAUACAAGUAGAGACACUUAAAUUUGAAAAGGAUACCGCUGUGCAAGUUAAUACUUUACCUCCGCAAUUGCAGAGGAUGACGUCGAUAAGCGCUAAAGAUGCUUAUUUGGUAGAAUUAGAAGCUGCAUUGGAAGAAUGCAAAAAUAACCUAAAGCAACUAGAAGAAUACGUUUAUAAAGAAAUACCCAAACAAGGUUCGACUGAACUACCAAUUAGUAGCAAAAAAAUUGCCAAAAUAUCAGGACAAUGUUUAGCUAGUACUGAAUUAAUAAAACACCUCCAUGAUCUCCUCAUCGAUGAAUGCCAUGCCACAGAAGCAGAAGCAUGUUCUCAAGAAGUCGAGAAACUUUUAGAAGAGUUUAAAAUUUUGCUGGUCAGAGCUAAAGAAAAGGAACAAAAAUUAAGAGAGCUUAGAACGGCUGCCUGCGAUGCUUAUAACCUGCUAUGCGCACACGAGGCCGGUAGGAUUCUUUGCCCACUCUGUACAAAACGUAAUUGGGCGCAACUUGAUAACGACCUGUGGAGAUUGGAAAAAUGGUUACAAGUAGCUGAAGGUACUCAAAAAGGUCAGAAAACUCCACCUGUGAACAUUGAAUACCUCGAAGAUGUCAUACAAGAUCAUCGAGAAUUCCUUUUGGAUCUGGAUAGUCAUAAAAGUAUUGUCAGGUCAUUGAACAUUGUCGGUACUCAUUUAGCAGAUCACAGCGAAGAUACAAGCAAAGCUGAUGAAUUGCGAGUGAGACUAGAGACUGAUAAUAGGAGAUGGGAUUUGAUUUGCCAAAAUGCCGCCAAUUGGCAACUACAACUUCAAAGGGCUUUAAUGAAUAAUCAACAGUUCCAUAAUAUUAUAUCUGAGCUUUGUAUCUGGUUAGAGAAAAACGAAAAGAAAAUCCGCGCUUCGGAACCAGUAGAUCUUACGGCCGCUCAUGAAGUUAUAGAAGCGAAAUAUCAAAGCUUUCUAGAUCUUCGAUUAGAACUAGAAAGAUGUGAACCACGAGUUUUAAGCCUACAAGAAGCUGCUAAUCAAUUAUUCCGAGAAGAAGCACCCGAAGGCUCUAGUACUAUAUAUAGAAGAUUAACAGAACUCCGUUUGAAAUUACAAUCAUUAAUAAAACUUACAGGGGUUUACACAUUAAAGUUAGGUGCUGUACUAGGAAGAGAUCCAAACGUUAUUGGAUACUCAGCUUCUUCCGCUUCUCGAUCCGGGUUACCAUUGCAAUCUCUCAAUUACGAUCUUUUGGAGCAGCCCGGGCAAGAUCAACCAGAUGCCACAUCACCUGACGCCGCCCUUUACAAUGGUUCUGAUGAUGAAUCUGAAAUCAACACUUCAGUAUUAAGACGAGGAUGUCGUUUCUUGGGUAGAGUGGUACGAGCUUCGGUACCAAUACAAGCAGUAAUGCUCCUGUUACUCGGUGCCGCAUCAUUAGUACCUUUUUCCGAAGAUGACUACUCUUGUUCUUUAGUAAACUCCAUUGCAAACAGUCUUACGCCUACCUUGAGGUAUAACGAUGGACCACCACCUAUAUAGACGUAGAUGACAAUUUGUUAUAUGCAGUGUCAGUAGUUUUGUUAACCGUCGAAUAGAGGUUCGUCUGUGAUAUAAUUGAAACACAAUUUUGGAGUAUUCAAGAAGGAAAAUACAACUACUGACGAAACUGUGUUUUUGAUAAAUUCAUUCCAAUUAUUUUGAAGAUUUUGAUACAUAAACUUUAAGUUUGUGUUUGAAAAUCUCUACAAUUUUUGUAUAUUUUAUAUUGAACAUACAUAUAUAUGUGUAAAUAUGUGACUUAUCUCCGAUAUCGUCGAAAAUUAACACGAUUUUGUAUCAUCCUAUACAUAUGUAGGUUUAGUUUUUAUUUUUUAUCGUUAUCGAAUAAAAAUACCCGCUAUCUAUCUGUAUAUUGGGUAAACAUGCACAAAACGUGUGAAAGGAAUUAAUAUAUUUUAUAUCGUUGUUCUUUUUAAAUUUUUAAUUGUUGGUUGUGAAAAUUAAAGGUUGUAAAUUGAAGGGGUGGAACACUUUAAUUUACAAGUCUCUUAAUUUUACUCUGUGAUUACCGUCUUGUUUUGUCUUAUUUUAAACAGAAAUUUAAUUUGUUCUCUCCACUUUUUGAGUUCUUUUCAAAAUACGAAAUACUCAGUGCAACUUUUCUCUCCAAGUUGCACAAACCUAUUUUGACAUAAUCAAGAUGGUGUAAAUUGCCUUGAAAUUUGUUUUUUUAUUAUUAUUAUUAUAUUAUUCUAAUCGUUGCUUUUGCAUAAGUUCAUUUGACUACGUUUCUGUAUUUUUUUGUUAACUAAGCAAUGUAACAAGAUAGAAUUGCUUUCAUUUAUCUAUAUUGACGCUUUAAAAUGUGUUUAGAAAAACAAAACAUAUAUUAAUAAAAGGAUUGUUUUCGCUAUAAAAUUAAUUGUGUUUAUUUCGCAUCUUAAUAUAUAAUAUAUCCACAAUGUUUUCAGUUAAAAAUAUAAUUUAAAAUAUUA